AUGGUGGGACUACCAGCCCGUGGAAAGUCUUUUAUUUCCCAAAAGAUAGUUAGAUAUUUGUCUUGGUUAUCAAUACGUGCAAAAUGUUUUAAUGUGGGGAAUUAUAGACGAUUGGCAGGAGGGUCCAAGCCCAAUGCAGAGUUCUUUGCUCCAGAUAACAUUGAGGGACAACGUAUUAGGGAGAAAGCAGUACAAAUGGCAGUGGAAGAUAUGAUGAACUGGUUUUACGAAGAUGACGGUGUAGUUGCGAUUUUGGACGCCACGAAUUCCACGCGGCAAAGAAGGGAUUGGGUUUUAAAACUAUGCAGAGAGAACGCUAUUGAGCCGAUGUUCUUGGAAAGCUGGUGUGAUGAUCAAGAUUUGAUAUUCAGAAAUAUUAGCGAAAUGAAGACGACGUCGCCUGAUUAUGAAGGUUGUGAUCCGGAUGCUGCCACCCAAGUCUUUUAUGAGCGUAUUGAAAAAUACGUAAGUGUCUACCAACCUCUGGAGGAAGUGCUUGAUAAAGAGUUGACUUUUGUCAGGCUUAUAAAUGUCGCUGAACAAGUAGUUAUCAACAGGAUCGAGACAUAUCUUGAAAGCAGAAUCGUUUUCUAUGUGAUGAACCUACAUAUAAAGCCAAGAUGUAUUUGGUUGUCCAGACACGGUGAGUCCGUGUAUAACCUGGAGAAAAAGAUAGGCGGUGAUUCCCAUUUAUCAACUAGGGGCAUGGAGUAUGCCCGUAAGCUUCCCGAAUUAGUUAGAGAAUCUACCGGUGAUGCAAAUCUAACAGUGUGGACUUCCACACUGGUUCGCACCGGUGAGACAGCCCAAUUCCUUCCAUACAAGCAAUUGCAGUGGAAGGCUCUUGAUGAAUUAGAUGCGGGGGUCUGCGAUGGUAUGACGUACGAAGAAAUCGAAAAGGAAUACCCUGAGGACUUUAAAGCUCGUGAUGAAGACAAAUAUGAAUAUCGCUACCGUGGAGGUGAAUCCUACCGUGAUGUAGUCAUUCGUCUCGAGCCUAUCAUCAUGGAACUCGAACGUCAAGAAAAUAUUCUUAUUAUAACCCACCAGGCCGUCCUACGUUGCAUUUACGCCUAUUUUAUGAACGUCCCCCAACAAGAAUCCCCGUGGGUCUCCAUUCCCUUACACACCCUAAUCAAACUUGAACCUAGAGCCUACGGUACAAAAGUCUCAACUGUGAAAGCUGACAUUCCCGCCGUAAGCACCUACAAAGAAAAGGGCACAAGCAAAGUGGGCGAACCCGCUCAUUGUACCCCUGCUCCUACAAUAUGCUAG